AUGGUGGAGUUUGCAGGAGUGUACGCUCUUUUCUGGAACUUGAACGCAUUAGGACGGUGUUCUCUGGCUUGCUCCGAAGAAACAAUCCGGGGAAUAUCGUCCAAUGUGAGACCUUUCUCGUUUUUCAGAAGAUUCGAAGUAACAUCCAGGUUGGUGGCAUGUGGCUUGGAGUUCAUUGGAACGUCCUCGAUUCUGAGUCUCUUGGACCCCUUACGGCCCAAAGAUUUCUCCUUCCUUAGGAAUUUAGAUGCAGAAGAAGAUGAUGAGUACAUUCUCAUCGACUCUGGAUCCACCUCCUCCAUUCCCGCAGAAGAAGCUUCAGGAGCUUCCACUAUGAUCGACUUGCGUGCCUCGGCAGAGGCCACACCAAUCCGCUGGUUUUGUCGCUUCGAACGCAUUCUCUUGAUGUCCGACACGUGCUGGUCAUACGAAUCAGAAGACACAAGCGUCUGCGAUGGAGUUUUCGUGAUGAUACCGCGUUUCAGCAUAGCAUGA